AUGACUAUGCUUGAUGAUUUAGUUGUGAAAAUCAUCUCAUACUUGCCUUUGAAGUUUGUAAUUCAAUGUAAAGUUCUAAACAAGGAUUUUUAUGCUAGAAUUUCUGGACCUAAAUUUCUUCAAACUUUGUCCCAACGUCAAAAGAUCUCUACACUAAUCAGUUCACUAAAUAGAUCAGUGUCUGAAACUAUCCAUAAAAUCUCCCUAAAUAGUGUACCAGCCAGUCAUUAUUUUGAGACGACAACUUUACCCGUUAGGAUUAACAUUUUAGCUAUAUCCAAGGGUCUAGUUCUCAUCGACUUUAAUGAAUCUAAGAACUUCUGUAUUCUCAAUCCUAUAACUGGUGCACACCACUUGAUUCGAUACCCAGAUAGAGCAAGUUAUUGUAGACUAAGUGUUCCAGGCUUCAUUGUUGAUUACCCAACUUCAGAUCAUUAUAUGUUGGUAAUAGCCAGUGGGAUUUGUGAACCGUUUGAAAGAGACGGGUACAAUUUUAGUGUAUUGUCAUCGGAGCUAUCUGGUGUGUGGCGCGAAAUCCCGUUGAGAAUGAAUAUACAUGAACCAUUUCAUUUGCACGUUACUAAACCUGUUUACGUCAAUGAUUCCUUUCAUUGGCUCAGAUGGAAAGGUGGUGUUCUUGCUUUUCAUACAAAGAAAGAAAAGGCUAUAAUAAUUGAUCUUCCUGAGCUCACGAUCAUGGAUUAUGAUAAUCCCUUUAGCAGAGAAUGGUUAGGGGUAACCCACGGUUUACUUACCCUUGUUUGCACCUAUGAGAAGUUCCUAGUCAUUGCUACAUAUGAUUAUGGAAGCAACGAAUGGAGUGUUUCCCAUAGUAUUACGAUCGACUUUAUUAUGGGCUUGGACUACUACAAUUAUUGUUUUCCAGUUUGGAUCGACGACAGCGAACGGGUAUUUUUCUUAGUAGAAUAUCCCUGGGCACAUGAUCAUGAUUCUAAGAUCAACAACUAUAAAAUUACUGCAGAUUUGAAGAAUUGCCUUGGUAUAUUUAAGUAUGACUUUUAUGCCUUUGCACCAACAUUAGCCAGUGUUCAUACGAGGCUCUCACAUGUUGUCCACCGUAAGCAUCUAUCAUCUAUCACUGCAACCUUAGAUGAGCUCAAAAGAUUUAUUAGAGAGAGUUAG